AUGUUGAUACCACAGCAGCGAGCUUUAAGCUAUUUGAAGAAAUUCUUCACUGCCGCUGCCUUCAUUGCCACUUUGGCUUUCGCCUGCGCUGAUGUUUCCCAUCUGGGCUAUGGCUACGACCAACCCGCUGCUAGCGCACCAUCCAACCAAUACAUCCCACCUGCAGCUAGCGCACCAGCACCAGUCUAUAGUGCCCCAGCUCCAGUUUACCAACCAGCCGCUGCUGCCCCAGAGCCUGUCUACUCUGCUCCAGCUCCAGCUCCAGUCUAUCAGCCAGCUGCCGCUGCUCCAGCACCAGUCUACUCUGCCCCAGCACCAGCUCCAGUCUACCAACCUGCGCCAUCUGCUCCAGUCUCAUCUUACAUCCCACCUGCAGCCAGCGCUCCAGCACCAGUUUACAGUGCCCCAGCUCCAGUUUACCAACCAGCUGCUGCUGCCCCAGAACCUGUCUACUCUGCUCCAGCUCCAGCUCCAGUCUAUGCACCACAACCCGCUGCCUCUGAAGUCUACGAGCAACCCGCUGAAGAUGGUUACAGAUACCGCACUGUGCGCCGUCGCGUUUACAAACAACAUAGAUCGUAUAUAAAGUACUCAGCUACAACGACCAACCAUUCACAAGUCGCACAGAGUUCAGUAGAACAACAAGCAAUAUCAAAUUUAUUAAAAAUGAAAUUUUUCGCCGCCGCCGCCUUCAUCGCCAUUUUGGCUUUCGCCUGCGCUGAUGUCUCCCAUCUGGGCUAUGGUUACGACCAACCUGCUGCUAGCGCACCAUCUAACCAAUACAUCCCACCUGCAGCCAAUGCUCCUGAGCCUGCCUACGCCCCAGCACCAGCUCCAGUCUACCAACCCGCGCCAUCCGCUCCAGUUUCAUCGUACAUUCCUCCUGCUGCUAACGUACCUGAACCAGCCUACGCUCCAGCCCCAGCUCCUGCUCCAGUCUACCAACCCGCGCCUUCAGCGCCAGUUUCAUCUUACAUCCCACCCGCAGCAACCGCUCCAGAACCUGUCUACUCUGCCCCAGCUCCAGCCCCAGUCUAUGCCCCACAACCAGCUGCUUCUGAAGUCUAUGAGCAGCCUGCUGAAGAUGGUUACAGAUACCGCACCGUCCGUCGUCGUGUCUACAAACAACGUCGUUUCUAA